UCUCCUUGGAGGAGUGAGGUGGAGGACGUGGAGGAGAGAAGAGGCCACUUGCACCGCUUUUGUGACCUGGUUGUUGGCUUCUGGCCGGAGUUCUUCACCUGGGGUGGGUUGAUGCAGACAACAUGACUACAGCAAUUAGAGAAGUGGGAGUGUGGAGACAAACACGAACUCUUUUACUCAAGAAUUAUCUAAUUAAAUGUAGAACUAAAAAAAGUAGUGUUCAGGAAAUUAUUUUUCCACUAUUUUUUUUAUUUUGGUUAAUAUUAAUAAGCAUGAUGCAUCCAAAUAAGAAGUAUGCAGAAGUACCUGAUACAGAACUUGACCCCUUGGAUAAAUCUAUCCUGUCUGAAUUCAUUAUUGCAUAUGCUCCAGUGACUAACGUUACAAGAAACAUCAUGAAUAUAGUGUCUGCUUAUUAUCUUCCUGAUGUCUUAGUUACUGAAAAGUAUGCAAAUGAGAGAGAAUUGCAAGAAUCCAGUCUUUCUAAGCCUACCAAUUUUGUGGGUGUGGUUUUCAAAGACUUCAUGUCCUAUGAACUGCGUUUUUUUCCUGAUAUGAUCCCAGUAUCUUCUGUCUAUAUGAAUUCCAGAGCUGGUUGUUCAAAGUCAUGUGAGGCUGCUCUAUACUGGCACUCAGGGUUCAUAGCUUUACAAACCUCCAUUGAUGCUGCAAUUAUACAGUUGAAGACCAAUUAUUCAGCCUGGGAAGAGCUGGAAUCUACUAAAGCAGUUGUCAUGGGAGAAACUGCUGUUAUAGAAAUAGAUAACUUUCCUCGAGGAGUAAUUUUAAUUUACCUAGUUAUAGCUUUUUCACCUUUUGGAUAUUUUUUGGCAAUUCAUAUUGUGGCAGAAAAAGAGAAAAAGCUAAAAGAGUUUUUAAAGAUAAUGGGGCUUCAUGAUACUGCUUUUUGGCUUUCUUGGGUUCUGUUGUAUACAAGUUUGAUUUUUAUUAUGUCCCUUCUCAUGGCAGUCAUUGCAACAGCCUCUUCAUUAUUUCCUCAAAGUAGCUGUUUUGUGAUAUUUCUCCUUUUUUUCCUGUAUGGCUUAUCUUCAGUUUUCUUUGCCUUAAUGCUUACACCCCUUUUUAAAAAAUCAAAACAUGUGGGAAUAGUUGAAUUUUUAGCUACAGUGGCAUUUGGAUUUGUGGGCCUUUUGAUUGUUCUGCUGGAGGAUUUCCCUAAGUCUUUAAUAUGGCUCUUGAGCCCCUUCUGUCAGUGUACAUUUUUAAUUGGUAUUGCACAGGUCAUGUAUCUGGAAGAUUUAGAUGAAGGUGCUUUGUUUUCCAACUUGAUCAAAGGUCCAUAUCCUCUUAUCAUUGCCAUUAUAAUGCUGGCACUCAAUAGUGUAUUUUACAUCCUCUUAGCUGUUUAUCUUGAUCAAAUCAUUCCAGGUGAAUUUGGACUACGAAGACCAUCUUUAUAUUUUAUGAAGCCCUCAUAUUGGUCAAAGAGCAAAAGAAAUUAUAAAGAGCUGUCUGAGGGCAAUGUUAAUGGAAAUCCUGGUUUUAGUGAGAUUAUUGAACCUGUUUCUUCAGAAUUUCUAGGAAAAGAAGCUAUCAGAAUCAGUGGUAUCCAGAAAACAUUCAUAAAGAAAAAUGAAACUGUGGAGGCACUAAGAAAUUUAUCUUUUGACAUAUAUGAGGGUCAGAUUACAGCAUUACUUGGCCAUAGUGGAACAGGAAAAAGCACAUUAAUGAACAUUCUUUGUGGACUCUGCCCACCUUCAGAUGGGCUUGCAUCUAUUUAUGGAUGUAGAGUCUCAGAAAUUGAUGAAAUGUUUGAAGCAAGAAAAAUGAUUGGAAUUUGCCCACAAUUAGAUAUAAAUUUUGAUGUGCUAACAGUCGAAGAGAAUUUGUCAAUUUUGGCCUCUAUCAAAGGGAUUCCAGCCAAUAGUGUAAUACAAGAGGUACAGAAAGUUUUACUAGAUUUGGAUAUGCAAGCGAUCAAAGAUAACCAAGCAAAAAAAUUAAGUGGAGGUCAGAAACGAAAGUUAUCACUGGGUAUUGCUGUUCUUGGAGAUCCCAAGGUAUUACUGUUAGAUGAACCAACUGCUGGAAUGGAUCCUUGCUCACGUCAUAUUGUUUGGAAUCUCUUGAAAUACAGAAAAACCAAUCGAGUGAUAGUACUUAGUACUCAUUUUAUGGAUGAAGCUGAUAUUCUUGCUGAUAGGAAAGCUGUGAUAUCACAAGGAAUGCUGAAAUGUGUUGGUUCUUCUUUGUUUCUCAAAAGCAAAUGGGGGAUUGGCUACCGACUGAGCAUGUACAUAGACAAGCAUUGCAUCACAGAAUCUCUUUCAUCACUGGUUAAACAGCAUAUACCUGGAGCUAACAUAUUACAGCAGAAUGAUCAGCAACUUGUCUAUAGUUUGCCUUUUAAAGACAUGGACAAAUUUUCAGGCUUGUUUUCUGAUCUAGAGACCCAUUCUAAUUUGGGAAUUAUUUCUUACGGAGUUUCCAUGACAACUUUGGAAGAUGUGUUCCUAAAGCUGGAAGUUGAAGCAGAAAUUGAUCAAGCUGAUUAUAGUAUAUUUAGCCAGCAGCAAUCAGAGGAAGAAACAGAUUCAAAAUCUUUUGACGAAAUGGAGCAAAGUCUGCUUAUACUCUCUGAAACCAAAACAUCCACAGUGAGCACUAUGGCCCUUUGGAAGCAGCAAGUGUGUAUGAUGACAAAGCUUCAUUUUCUUACUUUGAAGCGUGAAAGUAAAUCAUUGAGAUCUGUGUUGCUCCUGCUUUUAAUUUUUCUUGCUGUUCAGGUUUUCAUGUUUUUGGUUCAUCAUUACUUUAAGAAUACUGUUGCUCCCAUCAAACUUACUCCAGACUUAUAUUUUUUGAAACCUGGAGAGAAAGCUCACAAAUACAAAACAGGUCUUCUUCUUCAAAACUCAACUGACGCUGAUAUUGAUGACCUCCUAAGUUUCUUCACAAGUCAGAACAUCUUGGUGAAUUUGUUAAAUGUCAGUGACUAUGUAUCUGCUGCUCCUCACAGUGCGGCUUUAAAUGUAAUGCAUUCAGGAAAGGACUACAUGUUUGUAACUGUUUUCAAUAGUACUAUGAUUUAUUCUCUACCAGUACUGAUGAAUGUUAUUAGCAAUUCUAUUCUUUAUCAUUUAAAUGUGACAGAAAAUAUCCAGAUCUGGAGCACGCCAUUCUUUCAGGAAAUUACUGACAUAGUUUUUAGAAUUGAGCUGUAUUUUCAAGCAGCUCUGCUUGGGAUCAUUGUGACUGCAAUGCCACCCUACUUUGCCAUGGAAAAUGCAGAAAAUCAUAAGAUCAAAUCGUAUACCCAGCUGAAGAUUUCAGGUCUUUUUCCAUCUGCCUAUUGGACUGGACAAGCUCUAAUUGACUUUCCCUUAUUUUUUGUUCUUCUUGUCUUGAUGCUAGGAAGUUUAUUUGCAUUUCACUAUGGAGUUUAUUUUUAUGCUCUGAAGUUCCUUUCUGUGGUUUUUUGCCUUAUUGGUUAUGUACCGUCUGUUAUUCUUUUUACCUAUGUCGCAUCUUUCACCUUCAGAAAAGUUUUAAAUACUAAAGAGUUUUGGUCAUUUAUCUACUCAGUGAUGGCCUUGGUUUCCAUUGCAGUCACUGAAAUAACUUUCUUUAUGAGAUACCACACAGUGACAGCUGUCCUUCAUUAUACUCUCUGCAUAAUCAAUCCAAUCUAUCCACUCUUAGGGUGCUUGAUCAGUUUUAUAAAGAUUUCAUGGAAGAAUGUGCAAAAAAAUGAAAGCAGUUAUAAUCCAUGGGACAGGCUUUUAAUAGCUGUUUUAUCGCCUUAUUUGCAGUGUGUGCUGUGGAUUUUCUUAUUACAAUAUUUUGAGAAGAAAUAUGGAGGCAGAUCAGUAAGAAAAGAUCCAUUUUUCAGAACCUUUUCAACUAAACUCAAAAAUAGGAAGUUUCUGGAAAUGCCUAACAGUGAAGAUGAAGAUGAUGAUGUUAAAGCUGAAAGACUAAAAGUUAAAGAGAUGAUAAGUUGCCAAUGCUGUGAAGAGAAACCAGCUAUUUUGGUUAGCAGUUUGCAUAAAGAAUAUGAUGAGAAGAAAGAUUUUCUUCUUACAAGAAAAAGAAAGAAAGUGGCAACUAAAUAUGUCUCUCUGUGUGUGAAGAAAGGAGAGAUACUAGGGUUGUUGGGACCAAAUGGUGCAGGGAAAAGCACACUUAUUAAUAUGCUGGUUGGUGAUAUUGAACCAACUUCUGGUCAGAUACUUCUGGGAGAUUAUUCCUCAGAACUGGCAACUAAAGAUGAUGACUCCAUUAAGUACAUAGGAUAUUGUCCUCAAACAAAUCCACUUUGGCCAGAUAUUACAUUACAGGAGCACUUUGAAAUAUAUGGGGCUGUGAAAGGAAUGAAUAGAAGUGAUGUGAAAGAAGUCAUAAAAAGAAUCACAAGUGCACUUGAUUUAAAAGAACACAUCCAGAAAACUACAAAGAAAUUGCCUGCUGGAAUAAAGCGAAAGCUGUGUUUUGCACUAAGCAUGCUUGGAACUCCUCAGGUUACUUUGUUAGAUGAACCAUCUACUGGCAUGGAUCCUAAAGCCAAGCAGCAUAUGUGGAGAGCAAUUCGAGCUGCAUUUAAAAACAAAAGGCGAGCAGCCAUCUUGACUACUCAUUAUAUGGAAGAGGCAGAGGCGGUCUGUGAUCGAGUUGCAAUUUUGGUAUCUGGACAAUUAAGAUGUAUUGGCACUGUACAACACCUAAAGAGUAAAUUUGGCAGAGGCUACUUUUUGGAAAUUAAAUUAAAGGAUUGGAUGGAAAAUCUGGAAGUGGAACAACUUCAAAGACAAAUUCACUAUAUUUUUCCAAAUGCAAUUCGUCAGGAAAGUUUUUCUUCUAUUUUGGCUUAUAAAAUUCCUAAAGAAGAUGUACAAUCUGUUGCACAGUCUUUUUCUAAGCUGGAGGAAGCUAAACAUACGUUCAGUAUUGAAGAAUACAACUUUUCUCAAGCAACACUGGAACAGGUUUUUGUAGAACUCACUAAAGAACAGGAGGAAGAAGAUAACAGUUGUGGAACUUUAAACAGCACUCUUUGGUGGGAAAGAACUCAGGAGGACAGAGUUGUAUUUUGAACUCUUACCUUUCAAAUCCUCUAAGAGGAUUUUUUUCCCUUCUGCUUCAUAUUAUUUUUAUAUUGUUUUAAGAUCAAUCUUUGUAACAUGUCCUGUGAACCAUGAACACAUUUGGGUCAUAGGAAAUGGUCAUAUCACUGCAUUUCCAGAAUUCUUUAAUGGAAAUACUGUGUUGCUGUGUUUUUGUUUUCUUUCAUGUAAUUAAUUGUAUUUUAGUAUUACUAUCUAACAGGAUGUUUAAUUUGAUCUGUUUUUUGAGAGAAGUGUUUGCUUUUGUCAUUUUCCUCAUCUUUUACAGUGUUUUCUCUAUUUAUGAAGUAAUAGUGGAAGAGAUCAUUUUAGUUUUGACAGUUCUUUUACAUUGAAUUUUUGCAAUUACUUUCUGGGAGAAAAUCCACCUCCAACUUCACCAGAAAAUAAGCUUAUUAUAUUGCAGGCCAACUCGGUAUAUUUAAAUAGCCAUGGCACAUAGGAGAGAGACUGAAAGGGUACUACAGACAUUUCUUUCUCUCAUUUUUUAGAGUUAAGCCCUCACAAAAAGCUGCCAAUUGCAGGUCUUAAAGAAGGAGCAGUAAAAAAGAUCUCUGAAAUAGAGGUUCAUGUGAAAAAAAAAUAUGUCCAGUAGGUGGCAACCAGAACAAUGGUUUUAGUUCAGAUUCUGUUAGGUACUUUAGGUUAGAAUAUUCAUUGCAUUUUCAAGCUGAUUUAAUUGAUUUCUGUUUUAGUAUAUUUAACAUGUGGGGAUAAUGACAUUUCUUCGUCAUUAGUAAUUAUAUUUAUGAAUUGUUUUUCUGAUGCAUAGAUGUCUGGAAUGGAGAAACCUGCUAGGCUGGGAUAAUUCAGUUUUCCCUUACUAGAUGGAGUAUUUUCUACCCUACUUAGUAGAGAAGGAUAUAUAUUUUCUUCUUGAGAACCUGGAAGGGGAAAGAUUAAAUAUCUGUUAAUAUUUUGACUUCAGACAACCCUUAUUUGAGUUUUAGAAAUUUUAACCAUCAUUGGUUGGUUUUAUUACAGAGAUGAGCCAAGAAUAGAAGUUACUGUCUAUAUUAGGGAACAAACCAGAUUUUCAUCAUUUUCCAGAGCCUAAAGUAUGGCAAGAUUAAUUUAACUAUAAUUUACUAUAUUUAUUUUAUGUAAUAAAAUUUCAGACAUAUUAUACAGGUAUCAAGCAAUAUGAUCUUCCCAUUAGCUGCUUAAACCUCAUUAAUUUAAGCUAGACACUGCCUAGAUCCACCAGUGAUUGUAGAUAGUACUGACAGGAAUACAUGGUACAUCAUGAUGCACAACAAAUGUGGCUCACAAUAUAAGAAGUCAGAUGCACAAAAAAAAACCAUGUUGAAAAGACUCUAAUAUUAUUGGGGUGAUUAUUUACACAAUAAAGUGUUACUCACUUUAAAAUGAUUUAUUUUGGGGCUUCUUUAAAUAGCAAGUUUACUAAUGCAUUUUCAGUUACUUAAGAAAAUUAGAUUUACAUCCAACUUUUAAGGAACAUAUCUCUUGUGUAAUUCUAUCUCUGGUUCCUAAUUAGUUAAAAAAAAAUAAUGACUUUGAGUUUUACCUUCCCUCAGUAAAAAACCGUAGCCUUGAGUUUUUGUUAUUUCCCCAGACAGUUUCCUUUUAAAGACUGCUAAAAUUAUUUAUCAUUGUAUCAAAGUUUUCCCAAGAUAAUCUGGAAUAUAAUUCUGUUUUAUUCAUUUGAAACUGUCUCUUGCCUUGUUCUUUUUACCUUUUUGGACUUAGGUAUUAUUCAUUUCUAUACUGGCAGUAUGGAGUUGGGUAAUAUGUUUGCCCCUUGAAAGGCAGGCUUAAAAUAAAAUGGCUUGCUUUUCUAGAUAAAUUCAUAAAUAAUUAUUUUAUGUUUGAAACAAAUCAUUUUUGGAAGAGCCCUAAUACAUUUAAUAGCUAAAAAUCAUUGUAGUAUAUAAGGCUUUUUUUUUUAAUAUCAAGAAGAGGUAUCUCACUUGAGGAUAUAUAUAGUUGGUUUUUUUUUAACCAUUUGGACAUCAAAUAAAAAGUAAGGAGCUAUUAGCAAGUUAGUUUGAAAAAAUGUUAAGGAAAGAGAAGUUGAACCCCUGAGAAAAUCCAUUCACAUUGAGAAAAUUGAAUAUAAAUUUUAGCUAAAACAUGCAUUGUACAAGUGAUUACAUAGAUUUUUCAUAUCAAAUAAUUUUAAUUUGGUUUGUAUAAAUGUAGAAGUAAUCAAGUUAAAUUUUUUUUUAAAUGUGAAAUUUACAUUCCUUUCUUUAGUGAAACUUAUAUUGUUAGCAUGGUAAUUUAGUUGCUUUUCUGUUGUUUUUCAACACUUGCUCUUGCACAAAUGUAGGGGUUUGUGGACAUUGCAUUUUUCAUGAUGUUUAUCCCUGGAGCACCUGUUCCCACCCCAUGUCCAUCCCCAAUAGAUUAUCAGAGAUAAAGACUGUUUCUAUGCUUCCUUGGUAACACAUUUUUAUUUUUUUUAUUUUUAUCCAGCUUGAAUAUGUGGCUAACAUAGCCUUUAAAAAAGGGCCAAUAUCAAUAUAUUUAUAGUACAUAAUUCAUGUUUAAGAAACAAUAUUGCAGUGCACAAUCCAGAAAUAUUUAUAUGUGAUAGAACAAAUCUAAAUAGUACAAGGUCUAUUUGUCUUGAUAAAGGUUGGUUUAAAAAAUAAGAACAUCCCCCUCACUCAGGAUAUUCAUUUUUUUUUGAAGCACAAGUUAGCUGUUGGAUAAGGUCAGCCCUUUGUAAAAAUUAUAAAUUGAGAAGUAAGGAGCAAUAGGAAAUAUUUGUAACUAAAAUUAUAUUAUUAAAUUUAUGGGAACUUAAUUUCAUUUGAUUUAUCUUGGAAGAAAAGUUAUCAGGCCUUCAUACUGUCAUUUUGCCUUUAAGCCUGGCAUCCUUCCUUAAAUUCUUUUGAUUUUGAUAAGUUCAUAGUAAAAAUUUGAUAAGCAUAUAAAAAAAUUUACUCAUUGUUUCAUGUUAACUUCAUUCAAUUGGAUUUGUACUAAAUAUGUUCUGUAUACAUUUUUUAAAAUAUCAUUUCUUGAGAGCCUUGAGAUAAGUGAUAACUACAUAUGAGUUGUAUAGACAUUGAUUUUGAAGAAAUGGAAGUAGUUAUGCUUUUUAUUAUUUUUAUCUUAACAACAUCCUGUCACUUGACCUUAUUUCCUUUCCUUGACCUAAAUUAGUAAACUUGCCCUUCAGAGUGAAGGCCUUUAUUUUUAUAUGCACAUAUCUUAUUUUUACUUUAUAAUUGUCAAUCUCUUACUUAUUUUAACAGGAGAAAAAUAAUUCACUUAUUGAAAAGUCAUGAAUAUGAAUUAAUAAUUGUAAAUAUCCUUCUCUAUAUUUUUUGGUCUGAGAGUAUAAAUGUAGCCUUUGCUUUUAGAUGGCUGUAAUGAUUUACUUUUUAAUACAAGUGGGAAAAUUUUCUCAGGCUCAUAUUUCAUUUCUGUAUAAGUAUGUGACUUUGGCACAUGUCAGUUCAAGCAUGUGAGCAGCCCCUUUAAAAAUGGAAAGUGUGGCACAAAAGUAUAUCUGUUUUUAAAAGAGCAAUUUAUCUUUCCCAAUUACUUUUUUUUAAUGAUAUGGAAUAUUGUCUUCACUUAAAAAGACUGGGGAAGAAAUUGUUUUGAGAACUUGUGCUGCAGUUUUGUUAUCUACACUACUAAUUGUUUUAUGUCUUGAAUUUUUAUGCAAAUAUAUAAUUUCUUUUUGUAGUUUUCAGCAAUUAUUUUGGGUGGUUUAGAUAUGUCAUGCUCUGAAAUUGGUCUUAUGUGAAGCAAACCUCAUUUUUCAGUGCUACAUCAUUGCCUGGAAUACUCCAAAUAUGUUUGAUGCUGCAGCCUGGUACAGUUUUUAAUGGAAAUACUGUUACCCUCUAAUAAAAGGUAGUGAGACAAUGAAUAUUUCAUUUGAUCGCACUGAAUUUGGAAACAAUCUUAGAUACCAAUCUAAGUGCUUUGAAAAUAUGAGUUCUGAUGUUAACCUAUUAAAGAAUGAAUAUUAUAAUUCA